AUGGGGCAAGUUGAAGCAGGAGGGGACGAGUGCGGCCCCGGUUCUGCUGAGGAUGAUGCUGCACUGCAGCUGUUUGGGUUUGCAGACGGAGCAGCAGCAGCAGCAGCAGCGGCAGCAAAUGCUGCUGCUCCUGUGGUAGCAGGGGGCGAUCCAGCGAUGGCCUCGGAGGGACGCGGCAUCUCUGUGGGGCAGGGUGUAGCAGCCAGCCCGCUGCAGCAGCAGCAGCAGCAGCAGCAGCAGCUGGGCGCCUCUCUAGGCUACGUGUACGAGGGUUGUCUGCAGCAACAACAGCAGCAGCUUCAACAGCAGCAGCAGCAGCUCCAGCAGCAGCAGAUGCACAAGCAGCUGGCGCAGCAUGCCCAACUGCAGCAGAUGACGCAGCAGCCCCUUCAGCAGCAGCAGCUGCAGCAGCAGCAGUUGCAGCAGCAGCAGUUGCAGCAGCAGCAGUUGCAGCAGCAGCAGUUGCAGCAGCAGCAGCUUCAGCAGCAGCAGCUUCAGCAGCAGCAGCUUCAGCAGCAGCAGCUUCAGCAGCAGCAGUUGCAGCAGCAGCAGCUGCAGCAACAGCAGCUGCAGCAGCAGCAAUUGCAGCAGCAGCAGCUGCAGCAGAAGCAGCUGCAACAGCAGCAAUUGAAACAGCAGCAGCUGCAGCACUUGCAGCAGCCAGACAUGCAGCAGCAGUUGUUGCGGCAACAGGAGCAGCUGCAGCAGCAGCAUUUCCAGCAGCAACAAUUGCAGCAACUGCAUCAGCAUCACCUGCAGCCAAUGUUGCAGCAGCAGCAGCUACAGCAGCAAUUGCAGCAGCAGCCGCUUCAGCAGCAGCAGUUGCAGCAGCUGCAACUGCAGCAUUUGCAGCAGCAGCAUUUACAGCAGCAACAUCUGCAGCAGCUGCGGCAGCAGCAGCUGCAGCAGCAGCAUCUCCAGCAGCAGCAGCUGCAGCUGCAGCAGCAAGGCCAGUCGGCAGGCGAUGCGGCGGUGCCGCCUCAGCUGUUGCAGCACCAGCUGCAGCAGCAGCUUCAGUUACAGCAGCAGUUGCAUCAGCAGCAGUUGCAGCAGCAGCAGCAGCUGUUGCAGCAGCACCUUGCUGCGGCGAGCGGAAAUCCACAGCAGCAGCAGCUGAUCCAUCAGCAGUUUAUGCGGCAGCAGCAGAUUCGUCAACAGCUUCAGCAGCAGCAGCUGCAGCAGUUGUUGUUGCAGCGUCAGUUGCAGCAGCAGAACCCUUUGCUGGCAGCUCAGCAGCAGCAGAAUCCGUUUUUGCAGCAGCAGCAGCAGCAGCAGCAGUAUCUGCAGCAGCUGCAGCAGCAGCAGAUGUUGCAGCGUCAGCAGCAGCAGCUUUUGCAGCAGCAGCAGCAGCAGUCCCAGCAGCAGCAGAGUGGGUUCGCGGACCAGGGUUCGUCUGCAGCAGCAGCUGCUGCAGCAGCCGCUGCGGCCGCAGCCGCUGCUGGCGUAGCUCCUGGGGACGCCUCCCGCCAAGCAGCAGGAGCAGCAGCAGCAGCGGCGGGUGGCGGCAGCGGCGCAGCAGCAGGAGGAGCAGCAGGAGCAGCAGGAGGAGCAGCAGGAGGAACGAAGGCGGAGGAGGAGGGGGACGAGCCGUGGGACCCGUCGGGUGCGGGGAAGCGCGGGGGAGGGGGCGCAGCAGCAGCAGCAGCAGCAGCGGCUGCUGCUGCGGCAGGAGGGUGGGUGGGCAGCGGGGGGUCAGUGAGCAGCAGCAGCAGCAGCCGGCGGCGGCGUCCGCGUGUGCAGGCGCGCGAGGCGUACUACGCGUCGCACCUGCCGCGGAGCAGCAGCGGGAGCAGCGCAGCAGCAGCAGCAGCAGCAGCAGGAGCGUCCGCCUCCUCCGCAGCAGCAGGCGAGCGCAGCGGGUUCAGCCUGCGGGCGCGGAGCAGCCGCGUGGACUACGUGAACCUGGCGUGCGACGCGGAGGAGCUGGAGGAGGGCGAGGAGGACACGGACAGCAGCAGCAGCAGCAGCAGCAGCAGCAGCAGCAGCAGCAGCAGGUACGGCGCGGCGCGCGGCGCGGGCGGCGAGGAAGCAGGCGCCGUCGGAGGCAAAGUCGUGGACCGAGUCCUGGACUUCCGAACUCGAGAAGAUGGAGAAGAAGAGUAUUUAAUCAAGUGGUUGGGGCUGGCGCAUGUGCACAACUCGUGGGAAACCUUCGCAGCAAUUCAGCCGCUGCUGGGAAUCAAAAAGCUCCUCAACUUUUUGAAACGCAGAGACAAGGAACGCGAGGCCAAGCUCCACAUGUCUCCGGACGAAAUCGAGCAAAUUGAAAUCGAGAAGCAGAUGCAGAAGCAGCUCGACGAGGACGCGCUCCAGGCCGAGCGCAUCGUCUACAGGUGGUGCAGGAGCAGGAGCAGGAGCAGCGGGGCGGCGGGAGCAGGAGCAGGCGCAGGCGCGCAGCAGCAGCUGCGGGACUACCAGCUGACGGGGGUGAACUGGGUGCUGUCGCGGCUGAAGAGAGGCGUGUCCGUGCUGCUGGCGGACGAAAUGGGACUGGGGAAAACGGUGCAAACAAUCGGCGUGGUGGGCCACCUGCUGUUCGAAGAGCUGGUGCUGCUGCCAGUGCUGAUCUUCGUGCCGCAGUCGACGCUGGACAACUGGCUGCGGGAGUUCGCGCGCUGGCUGCCGGAAGCAAACGUCGUCGCAGUGCACGGAAACGCAGCAGCGCGAAGCGUCAUAAGGAACUACGAGCUGCAGCGGCUGCAUGCGCGGCUGCCAGUGUACAGGUUCGACGUGUGCGUGACGACGCCGUCGAUUCUGAACUGCGGCGGCGACGCGGAGUUCCUGAAGAGGGUGUUCUGGUCGCUGCUGGUGGUGGACGAGGCGCACCAGCUGAAGAACAUCCACAGCAAAAGGUUCAUCGAACUCUCGGGCUUCUCCGUGCAGCACAAGCUGUUCCUCUCGGGCACGCCGCUGCACAACAGCCUGGACGAGCUCUGGAACCUGCUGCACUUCCUCAACCCCGGCGUGCACCGCAGCGCCGAGGAGUUCCGCAGCAAGUACCACCUCGUCGAGAAGCAAGACGAAGUCGGCGAGGCCAAGGCGGCGCAGCUCGCCGCGCUGCAGCAGGAGCUCAACGGCUUCAUUCUGCGGCGCGUCAAGAAGGACGUGGAGCGCAGCGUUCCGAAGAAGGUGGAGAGCAUUCUGCGAGUGGAGAUGUCGCCGCUGCAGCUGCACUUUUACAAGUUGGUGCUCACGCGGAACUACGAGCAGCUGGUCAGGAAGGGCGGGCCCAACAAGGCCAGUCUCCAGAACAUUUGCAUGGAGCUCAAGAAGGUUUGCAACCACCCCUUCCUCUGCAGGGCCCCCGAGGAGACGGCGGAGAGGGACCGUCUCCUCGUCGACGGCUCUGCGAAGCUCCGCCUCCUCGACAAGCUCCUCAAGAGGCUCAAGGAAAAGGGCCACCGCGUCCUCAUCUUUUCCCAGAUGGUCAAGAUGCUCAACAUCCUCGCCGAGUUCCUCAAGCUCCGGGGAUACAAGCACCAGCGGCUCGACGGCACAAUGCCGAAGGAAGUGCGGCGCAAGGCGAUGGAGCAGUUCAACUCGCGCGCAAGUCCGGACUUUUGCUUUUUGCUUUCCACGAAGGCGGGGGGACUGGGGAUUAACCUCACUUCCGCGGACACGGUCAUUAUCUUCGACUCCGACUGGAACCCUCAAAACGACCUGCAGGCGGAGGCAAGGGCGCACCGAAUUGGCCAGAAAAAAACUGUUCAGAUUUAUCGACUUGUGACGAAAGACUCUAUUGAACAAACCAUUUUAGAAAGGGCCAAGGCGAAGAUGGUGCUGGACACCCUCGUGGUCCAGACAGUUCGGUUAGGCACGAAAGACUCUAUUGAACAAACCAUUUUAGAAAGGGCCAAGGCGAAGAUGGUGCUGGACACCCUCGUGGUCCAGGGCCUGAACAAGCGCGGGGGGGACUGCAGCAGCAGCAGCAACCUGGCGGGAGCAGCAGCAGGCUCAGGUGUCUCCUUUUCCAGAGAAGACUUGAGUCGGAUUUUGAAGUUUGGAGCAACAAAACUUUGGAGUCAAAGCAGGCCGAAGGGUUGCGAAGAAGAGGGGCCCCCGGGGGCCCCAGGGGGGCCCCCCGGGGAGGGGGAGGAGGGGGGCCCCCCGGGGGCCCCCGGGGAAGGGUACGGGGACUUUGCUGCUGCAGCAAAGCCAGCAGCAGAAGUGGACUUGGACCUAAUUCUUGCAGAAGCAGAAGUGACAGUGACAGAAGCAAAUCAAGGAGGAGUUGCAGAUUCUUUGCUUUCAUCUUAUCAGAAUAUUCAGGAGUUCAAGUACGAGCCCUCAUCUGCUUCGGGAGCAGCAGCAGCAGCAGCAGCAGCAGCAGCAAACGACGCGGAGUUCUGGGCCCAGUGCAUUCCUUCCCACGAGAGACUCAAGUUCAAAAGACAAAGUGAAGACCAAUUAAUAGUUCAUGGAAAAAGAAAAACAAGAAAUGCACUAUUUGCGUGGGGCUUCAGCAGCAGGGGCGACGAGAGCAGCGGGGAAGCAGCAGCAGCAGCAGCAGCAGCAGCGGGCAGCAGCAGCUUCAGCAGCGGCUACCCGCCCUCGAGCGGGUCCGCGGCGGACGGCGACGAGGGCGCGUCGCCCGCGGCUGCUGCGGGCAGCAGCAGCAGCGCAGCAGCAGCAGCAGCAGCAGCAGGCAGCAGCAGCAGGGGACGCAGGGGACGCAAACCCAGAGCCAUUAACCCCACACAACUCACUCCUAAAGAGUACCACAGACUCUACAGAGCUUUGCUGCGCUAUGGGUCUGUAGAAAGGAGACUGGGGGACAUAAUUUUGGAAGCAAAGCUGCAGCGCGUUGCUGCUGCUGUGGUCACUGCAGCAGCAGCAGAAAUCGUCGCUGCAUGCAGAGACCGCCUCAGCCAGCCCCCCGCCAAACCUGCUGCUGCUGCUGCUGCUGCAGCAAGGAAGGGAAGCAAAGCCAGCAGAGAUGAAGAAGAGGAUGAAGAAGACCAAGACCAAAGCAGCAGACAAAAGGAAGAAGAAGACGCCAAAGAGGGGAGAUCGUACUUCACGCAAAUAGGAGACACGCGUGUGAACGCGUGGGACUUGAUAGAGCGGCUGCAGCUGCUGCAGCUGCUGCACGAAGUGUUUGAGCAGCAGCACCCGAACUGUGCUGCUCCUUGGCGGCUGCCGACGGGGCCCUUGUCUGCGGACUAUUCGGGGCUGCAGCAGCAGCAGCAGCAGCAGCAGCAGCAGAUGCUGCUGCUGCAGCAGCAGCAGCACCACGACGAGGAAGGCCUCCCGCAAAACGCGGCGCAGGCGGCUCCUGGGGACCCCGCUGCUGCUGCUGCUGCUGCUGCUGCUGAGCAGGGACAGUGUGCAGAGGAUCCAGGAGUGCCAGCAGCUGCUGCAGCAGAUGCUGCUGCUGCUGCUGCAGCGACGGCAGCAGCUGGUGCGGAGCAGCAAGCCGUUGGAACCGACGACGAGCAGCAAGAGGGAGCAGCAGCAGCAGCGCAACAGCAGCAGCAGCAGCUCAACAGCAGCAGCAGAAUGAAAGGUUUCCCACCUCCCCACGGAGGAGGCACAGAGACAUUUUUGACUCGGCUCGAAUCAGUGGGUCAGAAGCAGCAGCAGCAGCAACAGCAGCAGCAGCAGGAGUAA